GGGGGUACUCUACUCCCUUUCCUCCGCCAAUGACUCUGCAGUUGAUCGUUACCCUGAAUCGUAUCUCCCGGAUGCACAGCGACUUGAUGAGCAAGUCUAAUUUUGACCCGCCCAGAAGAACAGGCUCUUUCGUCAUUGCACGCUGGCUGUUACAUAACGGCUUUAGCUUGAGUAAACAUGGACUGAGAGAGAUAGAAAGAACGAAACAUCAAAGGUAGCAACUAUAUAGCAUGUACAUGUAUAGCAGGAUAGCAACUGACAGCUUACACACAAGUUGUACAGGGCCAGGGCUACUAUACUACGCGCCAAGGGCUAACUAUCAACUGGACGGGUUUUAGAUUAUGCAAGAACAAGCAUUUUAUGGUGUUUCCCGUCGAAACAUUGCUAUGGUUUCAACUAUCUGAAUCGGGAUGGAAUUACAGACCAAGGAUCCCAACUCCAACCCACCCGCUGUUGGUGAACAAGUGCCUGGAGCUUACCCAAUACAGCAACCAUGGCAACCCACUGCUUAUCCAACCCAACCUCAGCCGCAGGCUGCCGGGCAACCGCCGCCCGCGCUAGCCGGCCAGACCGUGGUGACAGCCCAGCCCGUGGGAACGACCUACGUCACCAUGCCCAUGCAGGUGUUCUCUCCAGAACCCAGGGCCAUGCAGUGCACCAACUGCGGGAAAAACAUCACCACCGAGACCCGAAAAGCGAACGGCGCUGCAGUCUGGGUGGUAGUCGGAUGGAUAUGCCUCAUGACGAUUUGGUGUUGCAUGUGGCCCUUCGCCUUUAUCCCACUCUGCAUGCCGAGCCUGAAGGACACCAUUCACAGCUGCCCUGAGUGCAAGUUCAUUCUAGGAAAGCACUCACCAGGCGGAGCCAGUCUCUGAGAGCUUGGAACUGGGGCCAAUUCUUAACAUAGGGGAUCAUCUCAACGAAUCCAGUUUUUAAUUGCGUUUUCUUUGCGGGUGUUAAAUUUGUUGAAAGAAGAACUUGGGUUUCUUCGUGUAAGUUAAUGAUUUAUAUGAUCCAGUACUUGUAUUCAGGGGUUAUUUACUCGCAUUUCGUUAACAAUUUAAAAACUAAUCUUCAGAAUGUGCCACGACUGAUGUGUUCGUCAUAGGGGUUUGGGAAGCGGAAACCGUCGUUCUGUGCAUGCGCAAAGCGGUCCAAAAGUGUUGUCUGAGGAAACUUAUUAGUGGACUUAAAGAGGAAUGUGAAGAUGUUUGAAGGUUUUUGUUUAUUAUAUUUUUAAUUUGAUUUUCCAAAUAACGAUUAAAAAUGAAAAGUGUAACUUUUACGGAGUAGAAGCUAAAAGUGACUUUUUCGAUGUUGUAUAUUUCAGAGUGAAAGAGUUGCUGAGCAAUUUUGACCAGUUGCUCAUGGCGGCUUUCCUUGACGUGUUUGUACUUGUGUUCUUUUCGUGUUUUGUAUGUACACAUUUAAUAGUAGUAGGCCUGAUCUGACAAAGGUUUCUCAAGGGAAUUUUUCCCAAUUUUAUUUUCAUGACAGAAAAUUUUCCUGAAGUUUUUAGAAUGUAUCUUCCGAUUUCAAAGUCGGUGUGAGUAUCACAGUUUUUUAGAUUUAUAAUUGAAUGGAAGUAUCAUCAUUUAGAAUUGUUGCCUUCAUUUAUAGAGAACAAUUCUUGAAACCCUGUUUGUUUCUUGCAGAGUGUGUUGAAGUGUAAAGUUCUUAGGAGCUAGUAGCGAUCGUCUUUUUAUACUAUAGCUAUUGUCCCGUCGACGAAUGUUUAACAGCGAUCAGGCAGUUUUUACAUAAAAAGAAUAAAAUCCCUUAUGUCUGGAGAUAUAUUGUUCUCUACUAUAAAUAAAGUAGCAAAAUUCAGUUUGACGUGUAUAUUGGAUUUUUUGGCAUGAAAAGUCGAUGGAUAGAUGUUUGAGACACAACAUAUGUGCACCUGUCGAUAGAACUAAUACCACUUUUAUUGGCUUUUACAUUUACAUAUUUCCGUAACUAACCGGGUAUACGCCUUAAAACCGCUCUACUUUUGACCAUUUAGAUAAUUCACAAUAAAUGUACAUGUACACAA